ACACCUCAAAAUUCACCCACCACCACCACCACCACCCGGCCCGGCCAUCACGAGCGCACUCGUCUCGUCUCCCAUGCCGACCGGUGAGACGCUAGCGGUGGAGACUCAAGCACCAGCGCCGCAGACGCAGACGCCGACAACAACAGCCUCGUCCUCCCCAUCGUCGACCCACCGUCGCCAUCGCACUUUCUCAUCAUCGUCGUCGUCCUCGUCGUCCCUCUCCACGCUGUCCUCGGCGGCAUCCUCGCCGUCGCCGUCCCCGCGCGGCCGCGCCGUGCCCUUCUCCUGGGAGCACCAUCCGGGCAUCCCCAAGGCGCGCUUCCUCGGUGGCGCCGGAGCUGCCUCCUCCGCGCCAACGCCCCUCCCGCUCCCGCCGCCGCUGCGGGUCCCGGAGACUUCAAGGGCGCGCCACCAGCAGCACGCCCGGCGCCGACGCGCCUGCGGAAAGCCGAUGCCCGCCGACGACGCGGGGGGGGACCCCUUCGCCGCGGCGCUCGCGGAGUGCACCAGGGAACGCGGCGGCGCGGGAUCAGACGCCGGCCUGAUGGACGCGCUCUUCCCCGCGCGGCCGACGACGUCGUCGUCGGUGCCCAGCAGCCGGCGGUGGUCCAUCGCUUCCGCCGGCGGGGUCGUCGGGCUCCUCGACCUGUACGGUUGCAGGAGCGUCGUGGGCGUCGCCGAGGGCGCCUUCGUGGUGCGCCGGCCGGUGAAGGUGGUCCGCGCCGUGCCAGCUGGCCGCGCGGGCAUGGGCCGGGCCGGGCGUAGAUGAGGGCCACCAUGUGAUGGGUCGCAUCGUAUCGCAUCGCAUCAUAGACGGACCCGAUUAUUAUUAGGUACACAAAUAAUCGAUCGCUGUGAAAAAAAAUAUUGUGAUCGAAAACGAGGUUUAAUCUUUUCCCUUUUUUCAGUUUUAUAUUUAUGUGUGCUUUUUUUAAUAUCGGAGCUGUUUGAGUGGAUGUGAUGGAUGCCUAUAUAUAUGAUUGUUUGGCAUAUAACCAUCCACGCUAAAUGAUGUUGCUAUAUGUAGAUUACUAUAUACUAGUAUAUAUAUCGAUGCUUGUGGUGAUA